AUGGAGCUGCCUCUUAAGAGACUCCUCCUCCUCCUCCUCCUCCCCUCGUUGCCCCAGGCAAGCGCCGAGACUGUCCUUGGUGUUUACAUCUUCCACCGCCAUGGCGACCGGACCACCAAGUCCUACACCCCCGUGACGCUGACCGCUCUCGGCGCAGAGCAGGUGUUCGCAUCCGGAUCCUACUACCGGGACCAGUACAUCUCGUCCAAUGCCACGGCGCGCAUCCACGGCAUCGCCUCCGACGUUGCAGUACUCUCCCAGCUGGCCAUCACGAGCCCCAUCGACACCGUCUUGCAGAACAGCGCCCAGGUGUUCCUCCAGGGCCUGUAUCCGCCCGCGGGUUCCGCGUCGGUCCAGACGCUGGCCAAUGGCUCGGAGGUCGAGCCACCGCUAGGCGGGUACCAGUACAUCCCGGUCAAUGGCAUUUCGACCGCGGCGAGCAGCGGAAACAGCGAGGAGAGCGAGUGGCUCCAGGGAGGCAGCGGCUGCGGUAACGCCCUUGUGAGCAGCAACAACUACUUCACCAGCGACGAGUUUGUCUCCACCUUGGCGAGCACCAGGGGAUUCUACCAGGACCUGCUUCCCGUGAUCAACGGCACUUUUGACUCGAGCCAGGCAAAUUUCAAGAAUGCCUAUACGGUCUUUGACUUCAUCCACGUCUCCAGCAUCCAUAACCGCACCAUCCCCUCGUCCUCGCUCCUCACCGACUCGACGCUCCACCAGCUGCAGACGCGGGCGGACCAGCACGAGUGGGGCCUCGCCUACAACAGCAGCGACGAGAUCCGCGCCAUCGCCGGCGCCGUGCUGGCGGGCCAGAUCGUGCAGGCCCUCAACGGCACGCUGCGCUCGCCCCUGGGCAAGGCGGGAGCCCAGCGCCUGACCAUCCAGUUCGGCGCCUACGGCACCUUCAUGGCCUUCUUCGGCCUCGCCCGCGCCCCAGCCGCGUCCCCGGACUUCUACGGCGUCGCCGACUACGCGUCCUCCAUGGUCUUUGAGCUCGUCACCAACGCCACCGUCCCGACCAGCGGCGGAGGACCCAUCGACCCGGCCGACGUGUCCGUCCGCUUCCGCUUCGCCAACGGCACCGCCACCGCGCCCGACGCCGACCCGGCCAACCCGCCGCGCACGUUCGCGCUCUUCGGCCGCCCGGAGACCGUCCUCCCCUGGUCCGACUUCGCCGCCGAGAUGGGCCGCUUCGCCGUCGGCGACACGGCGUCCUGGUGCCGCGCCUGCGGCAACUCGACGGGCGUGUGCGCCGACGCCCUGGGCAUCGGCGGAGGCGGCGACGGCGCGGGCGCGGCCGGGAACGGGGGCGGGAAGGGCAAGGGCGGAGGUGGCGGGGUGUCGAGGCCGGUGGCGGGCGUGAUUGGCGCGCUGGUCACGCUGGUCGUCAUACUCGGCCUCGAGGCGCUCGUCAUGGGCGCUGCGGGCCUGAGGCUCGUCAAGAAAGGUGCGUCGUCGCACAAGGCGGGUGAGGCCGGCGCCGCUGGUGUUACGCCUGCGUGA